AUGCUUGGCUUGAAUGUGCUUGCCGCCUCAACAAUGUCUAUGACCCGACCCGAAGACACAGUCCGUGGCCCAGGGUCACACCCAGACCCGGCCGAGGAAGAUGAUAAUAAGAAAGGAUCACACGACUCCCUAGUACCUCCGCCACUGUCAUACAACGAAGGAUUCCCACGACUCGAAGGGGAUGGGUCAAGGCCAGGCACAGCCAUGGGUGACGCGCCCGGUAGUUCUGGAAAAUCAUCUGGCCCUAAACCGUUAUCACAGGAGGACACUAUUGAGUUAGCAAAACGGGCAGUGGAGAGUGGGAUUCAGGAUACCAAACGGUCGCUGGCAGGAAGUGAGGCUGUUACCGAUGUCGUGAAGCCCAAGUUGACCAUUGACUUGGGCCAUUCGCAUAUCGUGCGGAUACCAGAGCCUGUAGUGGAUAUAAUAAAAGACGAGGUGGAAAGACUUUCUCUUUCCAACAACCAUCUAUUUCAUAUUCCAUAUCGCUUUGCUGAAUGUUGUCAUCUCCGGUACCUCAACAUCAGAGCGAACAACUUCCGUGAAUUUCCAAAAGGAGUUUACAAACUACCGUUGCUAGAGAUUCUUGAUCUCAGUCGAAACAAGAUCGGCUUAUUGCCCGACGAGAUUGGCAAAAUAAAAUCCCUGCGAGUGUUGUCUAUCAUGCAGAACCGGCUUGAUGACCUGCCAGUAGGGUUGUCAGAUAUGAACAAGCUGCAAGUUCUCAAAGUGGCAGGAAAUCCUUUACGCUCUCCACUUCGACGAGUCCUGGAGGGAUUGGAGGCGGAGAUGGCUCCAUCGGCAAUGUCCGAUAACGAGAAGGAGGUUGCCAUCACUGCAGAGUUGAAGAGGUUUCUCAAAACUCGACAGUCAGCGAGUACUCCGGAGCCAGAUCUUAUUGCCGACCCAAGCGGGAGCCCAUUAUUUGAAACACCAAAACCGAUCCCAGUCAAACGUAAACUAAGUAGUCGAUUUCCUGUCAUCCCGAACACUGGUGAUAGUUCGGCAUCAUCGUCCAGAUCUCCAUCAAUCUCUCGGGGACCAGGAGUGCCGAGCAAAAGCCAUUAUCGCAUGGCCUCGGGGCAACAGAGUGGCACAUACCUUAUGGACAGUCUCCGACGACCUAGUGUGACACCCCAUACUGCCAGUGAGCGCAUUCGAAGUAACAGCGAAGGUAUCAUCCAGGCGUCCUUCGCAGCUCGCAGCAAGCGCAUGGGGGUCAUAAGUCGCAAAAACACGGAUUUGGGAACCUUGGAUGAGACACGGCCGUAUAGAAACAGCCAUCUGCGAGGUCUCAGCCAUGGCUCUGUCCUUCGAACCCGCCCGGCAGGGCCGACCCCUGCAAGUGACAGUAGCUCCUCCAGCCCCAGCAGCCCUGGAGACCGCCGACACCCACGAGAUGGCUGGGUAAACCGCAUGUCGAGUCUUCCUGAGCAAAAAGGAGAAAGGGCCUCGGCCGACCCAGUCAUCGAGAGUGCCAAGGGGAUCUUGUUCUCCCUUUUCCAGGUUCAUUCUCACAUAUCCACAUUGAUUAAUGUCAUCCAGCGCGAUGACACCCGACGCCACAGCCUUGAACUUGUGUUCUACAAUGCUUCAAGUCAUGUUGAGCGACUCAAUGAAGCUCUUGAGAAUGCAGAAAAAUUUAUCCCUGAUGACUCUGAUUCGAGUCGGGUCCUGAACGAAAGUGUGAGGCGAGAGUGUGAGACAUGCAUCACGGCCUACACACAUGUGGGCACCCAGCUGCGCAAUAGCGCUUCCAAAAUUGUUUCCAAUGGCGACUCACGGUACGUGCGCUCGCUCAUGUUGAUGAUGUUUGGGGGCUUGGUGGAGCUACGGAAUGCUUGCGCUAGCCUCAAUGUAUCGCUCCAACCGAUUCAAAAACAAAUUUCGGUUUCCAAGCCAAUUCCCGAAAUAAACAAAGGGUCUUUUGCUCAGGAAAGGCCCCGGCCUUUGGUUACUCCUCCGAGGGAUGCUGUAGCGCCUCCACGACGAUUGCGCAGCGAUACCACCAUCCGACACCCGCAAGUUCCUGUCCCUCUUAUGAACCAUGCAGCCGCCAAUGGAUCACCUGGCUUUGCAACCCCGGCUUUCAACUAUGCACGCAGUCGAUCUAGUAGCCGGACAAACUUGAUUAACAGUUCUAUACCAACUUCACUGGCCACGCCUCGCUCUGGAGAGUCAUUCCCUCCUAUGCCCAUAAGCAAUGGUCCUCGAAUCAAUCCCUUAACUGGAUUAGAUGAGAUUGAAGAAGAACGAGUCUUCGAGAAGAUCUUCCAUCAGCUUACUUCGGCAUACAGCGCGGCACUUCAAGCACUCCCAUUGGCUCGACGGCAAUUAUCCCGAUGCCUUGAAGUGGCUGAGCAAUCCAGGGAGGCCGAGGGUAUUCAAUUGCUGUGGACGAAUCUCAUCCGUCGGUGUCGAACCUGCCUCGAAGUAUCUGAGGCACUGGGCAUGCGACUAUCCACCAUGAAAGUCAAGGAACCGAAUGGCGGACUACGGAAUCAGCGCGAGUUCUGGCAGCUGUGCAAGGCUUUCAUGCAGGCCUUUGUGGACCUUAUAACAGACAUGCGGGAGGUGCGCAACUUGCAGAUUCUCCCUCAAGAUAUCAUCAUUAUUCUACGACCAGUCCAGAAAGCUAGCCGAGAAGCCGGUCGUUUGAUUGAAGCAUCUCCCUGGUCUUUCCUUGCAGAUCCGGCGACAAAUGCACCCAAUCACCUGUACGGUCCGGCGCUGCAACCUCCCCAUGCCCAGCAUCAAACCUCCGUCUCAACAUCCGCCCUCCCCACCCAUCCACAAUAUCUGGGCGCAGGAAUGUCUCCUCAAUCCGUCACUGUUCCCUCCACCCCCCUCAGUGCGGCUCUCGGUCCCGCAGCGCAAGCAACCGUCCCCUCCACCCCGGCUAGUGCAUACAGUGACAAGUUCUUUGAGGGCGAUGUCUUUCAGCGCGCAGACUCUCUCCUUUCGAUGCAAAACCAAGGUCCAUAUUAUGCUCGUCGUUAG